AAACAGAUUGGAAGACCUGGAAAUAAAUCCUUAUAUUUGCAUUCAACUGAUUUCCAGGAAGAAUGUGAAGAAAACACAAUGGACAGAGGAUUAAUAGUCAGGAACCACUUUCAUUUUUAUUUAGUUUUCUUAAUGAAAAUUGCAGAACUUGAGAGCAAUUUUUGUUUGCUAAAUACAAUUAGAUGGGGGUGAGGAUUCAGUUUAAUAUCAAUUGCGUGAGUAGCUAGAGACUCUGGUGGAACCAAAAAAAAUUAACAAUAUAGAAUAUGGACAGCCCCACAAUUUGAAUCAUUUCCGGAAAAAUGACUUCUGCCUUUGUCAAGUUUCCUGCUAGCAGUUCAGUGAUGGGACUGUUUCUUCACACUUCUGUAAUUUAACUCUGUCCACUGAAUGUGAAAGAGGCUGCAUGGAGAUGGCUGACAGUGUCAUUUAUUCCAUAUUAGAGCUGUCUACUGGAACUCAAGCCCAGAGUGGCGACAGACCGCAGCAAAAAGCUUCUUCCAGGCCUUCUCUUUCUUCCCUUGUGGCAAUAGCUUUGGGGCUUCUGGCAGCAGUUCUUGCAAGUGUGCUGCUGUACCAGUGGAUUUCGUGCCAAGGCUCCAAUCCCUCCACUUGUGUCAGCUGCUCUGGCUGCCCAGACCUCUGGAUGGGAUAUGGGAACCACUGUUACUAUUUCUCGGUGGAGAAAAAAGACUGGAAUUCUAGUCUGAGAUUCUGCUUGGCUGAAGACUCACAUCUCAUUAUGUUUGCAGACGACCAGGAAAUGCAACUACUCAACAGGUUCCUCAAUCAGGACUUCCAUUGGAUUGGUCUGCGGAAAAAUGACAGCUGGAGGUGGGAAGAUGGGUCAGUUCUAAACUUUUCAAGGAUUAUUUCUAGUAGCUCAGUACAGAAAUGUGGUUCUGUCAACAUGUAUGGUCUCCAAGCCUCUAGCUGUGAAGUUCUCUUACGGUGGAUCUGUAGGAAGGUCAGACUUUGAUGACAACCACCCUGCCCUGACCCUCAGAUCCACCACAUCUCCCUGCGAAGAGAGAACUGGCUGCUGCCAUAAUGUGUCCUCUGGGAGUGCUGAAGCUACUCAGAUACGGUAUUAGAUGCAAGGUUAAUGCAGCUUCUGGGGAUCGGUGAUUUACUGCUGAGUUUCCUUUGAGAUUCCUUAGAUAUGAGCAAGUUAAAGACCAGAUCUAGGCAAAUUUGUGAAAUAGAUUGACAUUUGUAUUAGUAAUUCUUGUGCUAGAGAUGGAUGCUGUUUCCCUCAUCACUGCCCCCACUAUCUCUGUAAAAAAUAUACCUUUUUCUGUUAUGUUCUAAGCCAAGCCAAUGCAGCAUGUGAAAGUAUUCACUCUUGCUAAUGAACUAGAGGAAUUUUAUGUGUACUGAUGCGUUGGCAUGUUACUUCUUGAUCUUGUAUUUUUAUUCUAACCAUGACCCUUUCCAGUUAAUGCUUUAUUCCAAAGAAUAGUGCUCAUGUGGAGAACAUAGAUUGCUGAGAGCGUGAGAAGACAGUGGCGCUUCUGCUUCUCAGAGCUUCACACUUACAUGAAGACUUGCUUCACUGAUUUUGGCUUUUCUGAGCAUGCAAAGGUGUGGCUGAAUAAACCAAUGUGUGAUGGCAUCUUUGCUAUGCUCUGAAUGUGUGAUUUGUGUAUUAAUUUCGCGACAGUGGUCAAUCUGUUAAGGCAUUUUCAUAGAUGAAGUUUAUAGAACUAGAUUAUGUGGUUGAGUCCCCCAAAUUCUUUUAGACACUAAUGCCUCAAAACAAGAUAAAUUUUAUUACUUCUUCUUUGUAGAAUUUGGACAGAUGUAAGGAGAUAAAGUGCAGUUUAACUUUUUUUUUAUUAUUAUUUGAAGGCAGAAAUAUAUAUAGAGAGAAAGAGAGAAAGAGAGAGAGAGAGAGAGAGUGCAAAUGCUCUCAUCUCCUUGUUCACUCCCUCAAAUGUCAGAAAGGGCCAGGCUGGGUCAGGCCAAAACUGAGAGCUGGGAACUCAAUAUAGAUCUUCCACAUGGGUAUCAGGGACCCAACCACUUGAGCCAUCACUGCUGCUUCUGUGACUGCAUUUGCAAGAAGCUGGAAUCAGGAGUGGAGCUGAGAGUCAAAG